AUGGAUACCUCCCCGAACAUCUACCCAAUCUACGAUGAGGACAAGAACACGGCUACAGCCAGGUGUAAGCCCGUCCACGAGAGCGUGAAGAACAUUAACACUAAGGUGGCGGCCACGUACAGCUUCAUAAGCAUUAACAACAACAUGUUGAUGAGUAAGAUUCCACCCCCGUACACCAACACGGCGGUGAUCAAGACCAUCUUGACGAACCAAUGGUGGAGGAGGCCGUACGAGUACGCGUUUGUAGGCGAGAUCACGAGGUCAGAGUACAAUACCAAUAUGACCAAGCUCAACAUCUCGACCGGGAUCGACGACAUCCCCGUGAAGAUGAUCGUCAGGAAGUACAAGUGCGAGGCCACUGUAUUCUACUCGUCUGGGAUCGAGUUGCAGAAGGGGGUCACGUACAUGCACCUGAGGUCGGUCAUGUACAUGUUCAAGGACGUGGUUGGGUCCGAGAAGCCGUUGGGGCGCUAA